AUGUAUCAUAACCUAACACUUGAUGCUCGAGAUCUCUUGCACAGAAGGCGCCUCGAACAAGCCAGAGAAGCCAUCAGGAAUGAUAGGAUCACCCGAGGUCUAUCCCCCUCUAGUGCUAAGACUACGGCCUCCGCACGAGACCACCCCACUCCUUCAAGACAAGUCAGACCGAUCGAGGUCAGCUCUCGAAGGACAUCUCUCAAGAGGCACUCACCUUCUCCUAUAAGGAGAUGUCACUCACCCUCUAGCCGGGCUAGAGGCCGUUCCCCCAGGACAAGGGUUUCACCCCUCGAUCAACAGCCAGGGGCUCAUUCAUCUUCUCAUCACCCAAGGCAUCACUCACCCUCAAGAAUAGGAAGGAUCCCUCCACGCCGUGAGAGAACAUACUCGCCUCUCCCAGAGAGUAGAGGUAGGCAUACCUCCCCAAGAGGAAGAUGUGACUCCCCUCCACCAAGAACUGAUAGGCACAGACAUACCUCGUCAUUGCAAGAGGCUCUCACUUCCUUCUCCCAAGAAAUAAUGAACACCCCCCGCCGAGACAAAGUGAAGGUCCCUACCAUCGAGCCUUUCGAUGGAACUACGAAUCCAGAAGAACACAUGGCCGCCUAUGCGGCUCAAAUGAACGUUCAGACUGGAUGCGGAGCUACUUGGUGCAGGUACUUUCCCACCACCUUGAAGGGUCUUUCCCUUAUAUGGUUCAACAAGCACGUACCAAAGGGAAGCAUCAAGAGCUACAGUGAACUUGAAAAGGUUUUCAUCAGCCAAUUCGCGGCGGGUCGGAGGCACCAAAGGACAAGUGUCAACUUAAUGGCAGUCAGACAGGGAGAGACGGAGACCCUUCGCAAUUAUAUUAAGAGAUUCAAUGAAGAAGUCCUAAAGAUACACAAUCUCAAGGACGAAACCAAGUUCGCAGCCCUCUUGGCAGGUCUUCAGCCAGAGGACUUCAAGUUUGAAUUGGUCAAGUCCGGGGUGUCCAACCUCGAGGAAGCAAUGGAGAAGGCCCAAAUGCACAUUCAAGCCACAGAUAUUUGUAAGAUCAAUUGGGGUGGUGAGAGUGGAACAAGGGAAAAACAAAAGCCAAGACCUAACGGCAGCCACGACCAAACUCAGCCCUCCCUCAAAAAGUCGGUUAUGGUUGAUGACCAUGGUGAGGAUCCGAGGUACAACCGCAAUAGGCGGGAGAUUUACCUUGAUCUCAAAGGAAAAGACAUCCUCCCUAAGCCACCUGCAAUCCAUACGCCCGAAGCAAAGAGAGACAAGUCACUUUGGUGUGAGUUUCACCACGAGUGCGGGCACACCACAAAGAACUGUAGGGAGCUGAAAAAGGCACUGGAUCACUUGGCUGACAAGGGCAAGCUGAAUAUUUACUUAAGGAAGAAUCCCUCAAAAGCAAAAGCCAAAGAAAAGGAGUCUCUUAGUGAUGAUACGGGAGACUACAUUAGAGUGAUAGCCGGAGGCUUGGCAACAGGCGGGUCUGUGAGCAAGGCGAAGGAUAGCUUGUGGGCACUGGAACAUCAAGUCCUAAAAGUGGCAUCGGCUUCUCAAACAGCCCCGGUGAUGACAUUUGGUGGGAACACUAGUCAUCCAAUUCAAGAGUCCCAUGACGAUGCGCUGGUCAUCGAGAUGAAAGUCGCUAACUCAACGGUAGGGCGAGUGUUAGUGGAUAGUGGAUCAUCCGCCGACAUCAUUACUCUAAAGUGUCUAGAAGGGCUCAAGUAUUCCAAAGAUGAUCUGAAAACCAUCUCCCAGCCACUCAUUGGAUUUGGAGGUCAAGGCGUCCAUCCUCAAGGCACCAUCAAGCUACCUAUCAGGUUGGGUCCUAAAAACAAGGGAAGACGGUUGUUGGUAGACUUUCUUGUCGUGGACAUCUCCCUGCCAUACAACAUCAUCUUUGGCCGACCUCUACUAAGCAAAAUAAAAGCCGCAAUCUCGGUGUACCAACUUCUCAUGCAGUUUGAGUUGGAAGAUGGCUCCAUGGGAAAAAUCUUUGGGGAUCAACAAGUGGGCAGGCGAUGCUAUGUUAACAGCCUCAAGAGAGGGACAAGUACCCCCCAGCCACUGGCCAAGAAAGCCAAGCCAGAAGGGACUCAAAAUUCCUGA